GAUACAACCACGCAAUCGCCCCAGACCAAUCAGUCAGCCUUUCUCUUUUCUUGUUGCCUUGUCUGAAUAUUAUCUCAAACAAACUAUUAACUACAUACUUCGUUACCAUUCGACUUGACCGUCUUUUUCCUUCCGUCUAUUCCAGCUGUCACUACACACGCGACUUUUCUCGUCCCUCUCCUUGCUCUCCUCUCCCCCAGGUUGUUCACCGACGGGACACAUUUUCGUACGACCUCACACUGCAUUAGAAGCCUGCUGCCUCUGGAUAUCAUCCAUUAUACCGACUCUAGCAGCAGCUGACCUUCAGCAGCGUGCUUGCAUCUAAAUUACCCCUCGAAAUCCACCACUCGUUCGAGACAUCUCCGUCGUCAAUACCGCCAAACUGUCGUCCUUACUUAUUCCCCGGACCAUCUCCUUCCCGCCGGACGUCGACGGAGGUACCGGUCGGUCAUCACCAGAUUCUAGAAAGAUGAGCCAGUCAAAAGGUGGGAGGCGGAGGAGGUCGAGCAGUAUCAUCUAUCAGGAACCCAUCGAGUCAAAUGAACAGAUGAGUGAUCAAGCGGCACUUCCUAAUCUUAAUGCCAAUUGGGUUAAUGCAAAGGGUGCCUGGACGAUCCAUUUUGUCUUGAUUGCUGCGUUGAAGAUUUUCUAUGAUAUCAUCCCCGGAGUGUCUCAAGAGACAUCGUGGACGCUCACCAAUAUCACCUAUAUGUUUGUCACAUUCAUCAUGUUUCACUGGGUGCGCGGAAUCCCCUUUGAGUUCAAUGCCGGCGCUUACGACAACCUCAACAUGUGGGAGCAAAUCGACAACGGAGAUCAAUAUACCCCUGCGAAAAAGUUCCUGCUUAGCGUGCCUAUCAUCUUAUUUCUUCUCAGCACUCAUUACACUCACUACGACUUGACCUCUUUUCUUAUUAAUUUUUUGGCCACAUUAGGCGUGGUUAUUCCUAAAUUACCCAUUUCUCACCGUAUGCGGAUAGGGCUUUUCUCCGAACUUCCGGAUGAUUCUUAGCCUUGCUCUUGUGACAUUAUUUCUCUCCUUUGCGAUAGCCUCAAAAAGACAGACGCUCCCUCUAAUAUUGAUCUCACCGGUCGUCUAUCUGUAUCGGCAGAAUCCACUCCUUGUCUACAGUUGAGCGCAUAGUUUUGACCGCGGCGUAACCGGACUAUUAUAGAUAGGAAUUUUGUUGAAAAGACAAAUAAAAUAAUUAUGGUAUUUUUCG